CUGGUGUAGCUUUCCGUUCCAUUGUCAAGGGAUGUGUUGAUGAAAACUUACCCUGUGAAUAUGUGGGUAAUGUCGAUGUUGGCGGUGCUAAUUCAUCUACAUUUACAACAAAUAUUAAAUGCUGUAAUGGGGACAACUGCAACACUUUUAAUUAUGAGA